GUAGGGUUAUGGCUAAUAACCCUACUUGGUUGCCGUACAACAACAAAUAUGGCGUCUUCUGCGGAUGUCCACGUCCGAAUUUGUGGACAAGAAAUAAUCAAAUAUGACUUGGAAAUUAAGGCACUUGUUCAGGAUAUCAGGGAUUGCCCUGGACCUCAGUCAACUCUCAUGGAGUUCAACUCUCAGGUCAAAGAGAAGUUCAACAAACUGAGACUCAGAAUACAGGAUCUGGAGCAGAUGGCCAGAGAGCAGGACAGAGAGACGGACAGACUGGCCAUCCUGUCAGAGACAGAGAGCCAGCGGAAACAAAUGCUGAGUAACCAGACAGCAUGGAGGAAAGCAAACCUGGCCUGUAAACUCUGUAUCGACCACAGUGAGAAGGAUGAGCUGCUGCAAGGAGGAGACUACCAGAGCACCAGACAGAGGAAGGUGACAAAAGAAUGCCUUGUGGAAACCAGCAGCAACAUCACCGAGAGUUUGAUGUCGAUCAGCAGGAUGAUGUCUGAACAGGUGAAGCAGAGCGAGGACACCAUCGGAACUCUGGCCACCUCCUCCAGGACAGUGCUGGAAACCAACGAGGAGUUCAAAAGCAUGACAGGAACCAUCCACUUCGGGAGGAAACUGAUCCUGAAGUACAACCGGCGUGAGCUGACAGACAAGCUGCUCAUCUUCCUGGCUCUCGCCCUCUUCUUCGCCACCGUCCUCUACAUCCUUAAGAAGCGUCUCUUUCCCUUCAUUUAGCUGUUAAUAAACUCACUUCAGGAAGAAUGGCUCUUAGCCGUUUUGAAGUCAAAACUCGAGUACACAGUUGCAUUGAGACUGAACUUCUGCACGAAGAAACAGAGUCAAGUGGCCCUUGUUUUUAUCUUGAUCAAUAUGCAAAAUGUUUCUUUAUAAAAAUGGGAAUGAAGGAAAAAGUGUGAACUGGCAUUCUGAGGUUUUGUGCAACAGUGAUAAGGUUACAGCCUGCUUCAAACAAACUCGGGCUGUUCCAAACAUCACUGAAGGCUUUUUAUAUACUAUGGCUAUUGAGUAAUCAUGUAGUCUCAAUUUGAUAAUUAAUAAUAUAUUGAUGCACAAUUUCAUACGGUCUGACGUUCAAAAGGCUGCAUUAUGAGGAAAGCUUUGAGAAUGUGACUAUUCUACCCACUUUAACUCCUGAUCCCCAGUGACUGUUUUAGAAACAUCAUUUUGAAUUUGUAGUUCGAGAUUCAGAACCAACCAGGGACUAAGCCAUAACCUUCACUUUGUUGCCAUCAGUCAAUUUAAGAUAUGUGUGUGUACAACCUAGACAGUGUUGUCCGCUCUGGAAGGCUUUUUCAAAGAGGCCAUUGUUACAGUUAUUGACGAGUUUAGCCUGUGCCUUUCUUCUUUGGGACAUCCAGACGACUGACUCAGACGAUGCAGUACUUACUCAUCCUCUAAAGUUCAUUUGUCACGUUGAGUUGGAGAGUGCAUGUCAGGGAUGCCUUACCGUUCGUCUGUGUGACUAUUUUACAGAGCAGGGCUGAAUUAACACACUUCUCUUUGUCCAGUAACAUCAUUGUAGUUUAUUUAAUUUCUAUCAAAAUGCUUACAAAUGUAUUUUUGGAUUCAUUUAAAUAAAAACUUACAAAACA